UUCAAAUUUACGUAUAUACAUUCUACGUUUAACGUUUUUUUAACAAUGCAUCGUUUACGUAUUUGUUUCAUAUUUUUUCUAGUUCUGCAUAUGCGAUAUGGCUAUGCAAGUUUCAAAUGUUUCUCAUGCGUUGGUGGGCCAAACACGAAAUGUGCGCGAGAACUAAGUCAAGACGAAACGGAAAAUUGUGAAACACAGUGUUUUGAAACAUAUAUAGAGUAUCAAAGUGGUGUAUUUCCGUUGGUAGAACGUAGAUGCUGGGAUAAACCUGCAAAUACUAAUAAACGGAAUUAUUGUGAAUGGUUACCAUCUCAAUCAAGAAUUUUAAACACCAACGCUACAAUAAAAAGUUGUUCGACUUGUGAGUCAUCUAAAUGUAAUAAUAACCAAAAACUUGCUCCUGUAAUGCCGACCUGCAAAGCCUGAUAUUGUUUUUAGAAUGUUUAUUCAUUUUAUGUAAAAUAUUAAAUAUAUUUGAAACGUA